AUGAAUUACGGCUACGACAACCAAUAUACAACUUCAUACGGUGCUCAUGGAGCCGCAGACGGUGGCGGCUUCGUCGCUGGAGAGCCUCAGAGCAGCCCUGCUGCAGGAAGGGGAGGCUAUGGAAAAGACACUGUCCGCCCGAUGACGAUUAAACAAAUACUCGACGCAGAACAACCCCACCCAGACGCUGAUUUUCGAUCUGACGGAGAGCCAUUCAGCCAGGUCACGUUCGUUGGCCAAAUCCGCAGUAUAAGCACUCAGCCGACAAACAUCACGUAUAAAAUUGACGACGGGACGGGUCUCAUUGAGGCAAAACAGUGGAUUGACGGAGAGUCAAACAACGCAGAAAAGAUGGACGUUGACUCAAACAAACCCAAGUUGGUGGAAGACGGCUACUGUCGAGUAUGGGGCAGGUUAAAGGCGUUCAACAACAAGAGACAUGUCGGGGCACAUAUCAUUCGUCCUAUCACGGAUUACAACGAGAUCAACUACCACUUGCUCGAAGCCACGGCUGUUCACCUGUUCUUCACGAGAGGACCGCCCCCGAAUGCCCAGUCGAACGGACAGCAGAGAAAUGCGCCAGCGAAUGGGAUGAUGGGGAAUGGAACACGCCAGGAAUUUGCAGCUGAUGCCCAACUGGCUCAUUGCUCACCAUUAGCACGGAGAAUUUUCGCAACGCUCAAGAACACACCGCAAAGCAAUGAGGGUUUGCACGUGCAGAUGAUUGCAUCUGCAAUGAGCCUCUCAACAAGCGACGUGUACAAGGGUGCCGAAGAACUUGUGGCUGCCGGUAAAAUCUUCACAACUGUCGACGAUAAUACAUGGGCGGUUCUGGACGGGUGA